AGACAAGAGAGUACAAAUUAUUUUGAAAUAAAUUAUAAAGAAUGAUACAAUACUUAGAUACUGUGAGAAAGCGACAUUUUUCUUUCUCUGCAAAGUCCCUUGAAGCUGAUUUCCAUUUUUUCUUUUUAAUUUUCUUUUUGAUAAAAAUGUAGAUGCCACACACAGAUAAUCACUCACACAAAACGAGGCAACCUUCUUCUCUGCACCAGCUGUUGCACAGUUUCAGAUUCCUCUCUCUCAUCUUUAACCUUUCUUCUGUUUUACAUCAUUGCUCUGCUCUAUCACUCUCUCUGUGUAUGCAAAAUCUUUGCUUUUGGAGCCUGAAGGCUGGUGCAUCUCUGGCCUCACAUUCAUUGCUUUCAAUCUUUCAGGUUUCCGUUAAUGGCUUUCAUUUUGUGACUUCCCAACUACUCUUUGCUGUUUAAUGUUAUCUUCUUCUCUGAAAAUAACUGCUCCCAUUGUGCCUUUUCGCUUUCUUCUCUGUUUUACCCUAAAAGAAAACUCCAACCAUUUCUACUUCGUUUUCGAUUUUCACUCUCUGUGUCUUGUCCUAAUCCUAUAAUUAGAGCUUUCUCCAAGUGGGUUUUUUGUUUCUUGUAGGACACAUCUUCUCCUGUGACUAGAAAAAGGUUGCUCUGUCUUGCUGUUCUAAUCCAAAGUUGGAUUUUUUAGGAGAAAGGGUUUCGCUUUUUCUUUACUGUCAUUUCCUUCGUUUUGCUGGCGUUGUGGUUGUGGAUUUUAUUACUAUUCCCAGGGAAUUUUUUUUUCUUUUCUUUUUACGGACUCCGAAGGUUGAAGUUUGUUCCAUAAAAUGGAGUGUUAAAUUUUAGAGAAAAGUUUGGUCGUUCAAGCUGUAAUGUCCAGUUGUUUUAUUUGCGUCUUUUAAGGAUAUUUCUGUUUGGAAACCAGGAAAAUGCAGUUGGUUUACAUUAAUUUUCCGUGCAAUUUCUAGUGAAAAAGUUUGGUUUUUCAAGGUCUUCAUCAUUCUAAGAUAUUCUGUUUAAAUAAAUGGCGAUCAUUUCAUGAAACGGGCCUCGUUUAUUCCUUAAGCAAUGGGCACUGCGAGCUCCAAAGCUGAGAAAAAUGAAGCUUUGCGUUUAUGCAAAGAACGCAGGAGAUUCAUACAGCAAGCUAUUGAUUCAAGGUACAAUCUCGCUGCAGCUCAUGUCUCUUAUAUCAACUCUUUGAAAAACCUUGGCAUAGCUCUCCGGCGAUUUGCCGAAGCAGAAAUUUUGAUAGAAUCUUCUGUAUCAACAACGUCAGCCACUGAACUUUACAAGACUCCAUCACACUCUUCAUACCCAUCUCCCUCUCCCUCUCACAUUGCAGAGGUUUCGGAUUCACCUUUGCACAACGAGAGCCCCAUUUCACCACCAGUGAUUAGUAUGAGUUACAUGAGAGUUAGGGGCGCUGCUAACCCAGUGACUGUUAAGAUUAAUUUGAAUAAUAGUACUGAUGGCUUUGUUGAGGACGAGUCUUUUUGCAUGCCAAUGCCACCGCCACCACCUCCUUUUGAGUCUGGUGGUUCUUGGGAUUAUUUUGAUCCGAGUGAUAAUUGUGAAAGUUUUAGAUUUGUGAGGGGGAAUGAACUGGAUAUGGAUUGUGAUGAUGCCAGAGGGUUCAACGAAUCUAGAGGUGAUAGAGUUGGCAUUGAUCAUAAUGUAGUAGAUGCGAAGGGGAAAUGGACGAAAUGGUCGAAAGUUGGUUUAGAUGGAAGUGGUCAAGCACAUGAAGGAACUAUAGGGCCUGGAUUGGAGCAAAGGGGUUUAGAAACUUCUGGUAACUUUGCAACACAAAAUGGCAGUUAUGGUGUAAGAGUAGAGAGUAUUUCUCAUUCAGGUAGAUUGGUUGGAGUUGAAGGUUUUACUAGAAAACCAAUAGAUAUUCAAGUGAGGCCAGCGGAAACAGCCCAAAAUGCCAAUGGUUUGAGUCUUGAGAAGUCAGGUUCAAAGAAAGUGAAAGAAGCGGCCAUGAAAGAUUUAUCUGCAGAGAGAGAAGAUCCAUCAGAGUUUAUUACCCACAGAGCCAAAGAUUUUCUAUCAAGCAUAAAGGAUAUAGAACAUAGAUUCUUUAGAGCUUCUGAAUCUGGCAAGGAAGUCUCAAGGAUGCUUGAGGCAAACAAUAUAAGGGUUGGAUAUUCUGAGAGAAAAGGGAAUUCAUCUGCCUCAACAGUUCUGACAGCUUUCCAUAUUUGCUGCCAAGGAAAGGCUGGACUUUCAUCUUAUGAACCUGCAGAACAUGUUACAAAGGUCAUUACAUGGAAAAGGACAGCAUCUUCAAGGUCAUCUUCAUCAAGAAAUCCACUUGCGAUGGCAACAAGAGAUGAUAUUUCUGAUAGUGGUAGUGAUUUUGUUGAAGAGUUCUGCAUGAUUGCAGGAAGUCAUACUUCUACCCUUGAUAGGCUGUAUGCAUGGGAAAGAAAAUUAUAUGAUGAAGUAAAGGCCAGUGAAUAUAUCAGGAAGGAGUACGAUCAGAAAUGUGACCAACUCAGGCACCAGUUUGCCAAGGACCAUAGUGCUCUAGUGAUUGACAAGACCCGAGCAGUUGUAAAGGAUCUGCAUUCACGGAUAAUAGUCGCGAUUCAUUCUGUUGAUACAAUAUCAAAACGGAUUGAGAAGAUGCGAGAUGAAGAGUUGCAGCCACAACUUCUAGAGCUAAUUCAAGGGCUGAUCAGGAUGUGGAAGGCUAUGCUUGAAUGCCAUCAUGCACAAUACAUCACCAUCUCAUUGGCAUACCAUUUAAGAAGGACAUCAGGAAGUCCACAGGGAGAUACUCACAGGCAGAUUAUGGCUCAGCUCCUGGAAGAGAUAGAGUGUUUCGGCCUGAGCUUUGCAAACUGGGUUAACAGUCAUGCUUCCUAUGUGGAUGCUCUUAAUGGGUGGCUGCAAAACUGCAUCCUGCAACCACGAGAGCGUUCCAAGAGCAGGAGACCAUUCUCCCCUCGUCGAGCCCUGGCCCCACCAAUUUUUGUGCUUUGCCGUGAUUGGUCAGCUGGCAUAAAAGCUUUGCCAUCUGAGGAACUUGGCAAUGCUAUCAAAGCCUUCUUAUCUGACCUUUGCCAUUUAAUGGAUCAAAAGACAGAACAAUUACAAAACAAAGAGAAAUUAAUUGAUGAAAAUAAUGGAGAGUUGGAGAGAAAAGAUGAUGAGAAAAAUGAUGAAGCUGCAUCGAGCUUGAGCUGCAUACAAGCAAGUUUGACAAAGGUUCUUGACAGACUCAACAAAUUUUCUGAGGCUUCAUUGAAAAUGUACGAGGACAUAAGACAGAAAAGUGAAGCAGCUCGAAUAGCAUACUUGAAUUGCAGGCCAGUGAGAUAUUAAAGCUUAUGUAAUUAUUAUUUAUAAUAUAUAAGCAUUUAUGUAAUUAUAAGAAUUUCUGUCUGGAACAUGGAAAUGAAAGUAGAUACCUGUAAAUGUCAAAAGUAUCGUUUCAAACAGUUGUUCGGAAGAGAGGGAACAGUUUGUUGCAGUUCUGAAAUAUGUUUUUGCAGCUUACUCAUGCAGGAGCAGAGCUAAGUUCAGGGGGCCCAUUGAUUUUGCUUUA